CAGGACGCGACGACAAGCUGGGAAGCCCUGGGAGCCAUGUUGGUAGAGGCAUGGAGGAGGCUCAUGCUGCGAAUGGGAAUCCUGGUGCCUUAAAGCUACAGAGGGCUCUCUAGAGGAGGUGCAAACUGGCCCUUGCUGGUCACAGAGGGUCAAGGGGGCCAGAUCUGAAUAUUUUGGGCUGAAUGCAAGAUGCUUUCUCAAAGGGCUCGGUAUUUAAUCUCCUUCCAGUACUGUGGAACUAUGUAUAGCGGCGUGAUAGAGACGCCUCCUGAUCGGGCAAAGUUUGGCGUGCAGAAUUACUUGGAGAAAGCGGCGGAGAAGCUCCGUCCUUUGGUGCCCAUCAAGUUUGUCAUCUCCAGCCGGACGGACGCAGGAGUCCACGCCCUCUGCAAUACAGCCCACAUCGACGUCGAGCGGUCCGGGGGAAAGCUGCCGUUCUCCGAAAGCGUCCUGGUCCAGGCUCUCAACCGCAACCUUAAGCCUGAGCCCAUCCGCGUCCUUGGUGCUCGUCGCGUCUCGGACACUUUCCACGCACGUUUCUCAGCCUUAUCGAGGACUUACGUCUACCGAGUCGUAACCGGUUGCACUUGCCUUUCUGAGCUGCUGCCGGUCUUUGAGCAGAAUCUCUGCUGGGUGACACGGAGAGGCCAUUUGGACUUGGCCGCCAUGCAGGAAGCAGCAGGGUUCCUGGUGGGCACCCAUGACUUCAGCACCUUCCGCUCCGCUUCCUCCGAAUUACCUGCGAAGAACCCGGUCAAGACGAUUGACCAGCUGGAAAUCAGACCUUCUUCGGGCUUCUUGAUGCACCACGUCAAAAAUAGCGAGCUGAAGUUUUGGGAACUGGAAUUCACCAGCCGGUCAUUCCUCUACAAACAGGUCCGCCGCAUGGCUGGUGUGUUAGUGGCCGUGGGCCAGCACCGCCUGGACCCUGAGCACGUGAAGAAGCUCCUGGAGAUCCGAGACCUGAUGGCUUAUCCCUCAAGCACCAUGGCACCAGCAUGUGGCCUCUUUCUGAAGAACGUGGAGUACUGCGAAGCCGAUCUGGAGAUCGGAAGAACCGAAGCUGAAACGUAGGGUUUAAUGAAACGGGCUUCGCUUUGGAAUGGACUCUUUGGACGAAGAAGGAAGGCCGGCCCUUCCUGUAUUCAAUGUAAAUACAUCAAUAAACCCACUUGAUCACACUA